AUGGCCAAUGAUUUGAAAAUUAAAGUUCUGGACCGUCUUGGCACUGUUUACGGCCGGACAUUAUUUCUCACAGUGCCGCAGACGGACUACAUCAUUGUUCACUGGUUUAUAUUCGUGUUCGACCUGACGGUGGCGGUGUGGAUGAUGUUAGCGCGCACUCGGCCGAUCGCGAUGGUCUUCUGCGCCCUCUUCCAUCUCAUGAACAGCAGAUUAUUUACUAUCGGAAUGUUUCCUUGGGUUUGCUUGGCGACAAUGCCUCUAUUCUAUUCCUUUGACUGGCCAAAACAAGUUCUUCUGAAAUACGAAGUAGUCUUACAUAUCUUAUCCGAGGCAACAUCCAAGAAAAUGAACAAUGCAACACUUUGUGAAAGUAAUCGAGAAAUUAAUGAUGACAAACAAUUAAAUGAUUCAACUUCUGGUUUAAAUAAUGAUAAAAAUUCGGAAGAUUAUGAAGGAGCCUCCAAGAAACCAACUGACGAGUUUGAUUAUAAUACUAUUAAAGAUGGCUUGACCAAUUCAGAUUUGAAUGAAAGUAAUGCGGAGGUAACUGAAGAAAUAAAAAAUGUUCAACACAGUGAUAAAAAGGAUCAAAUUAAAUAUAAAACUGCAAACGAAAAGAGAACGACGUAUAUAAUUUUAUUUUACGUUUUUAUUCAGGGUUUUCUACCGUAUUCGCAUUUUAUUACCAAGGGUUAUAAUAACUGGACGGAUGGUUUAUAUGGAUACUCUUGGGAUAUGAUGGUUCAUACUUGGGACGUACAAUCAGUCGUAGUAAAAAUUGUCGAUAACAAUAAUAACAAGGAGCUUUACGUGGAUCCGUACAUUUAUACUCUUAAUGAUAGAUGGUCAAGGCAUGGUGAUAUGGUUUACCAAUACGCUAAAUGUUUGAAAGAAAAAUUGUUGAUGGAAUUUAAGCACCAAAGUAAUAAACUUAUAUCGGAGAACAUUUCAAUUUAUAUAGAUGUUUGGUGUUCUAUGAAUGGCAGGUUUACACAACGAAUGUUCGACCCAAAUACUGAUAUAUUAAAAGCCAAUUGGUCACCAUUUCAAAGGAUUCCAUACUUAUUGCCAUUGCUUGACGAGUCUCUUGCAUGGAGACAUCGUUUAGAUGCGAUCAGGAAAAAUGUAUAUUCAUGGAAUAAUUACAGUGAUGUAAUAUUCUUCGCUGAUUUUCCAGGUUAUUACCAAGAAAAAUACAUUCCAGAAGAACUGUAUAAUGUUACUUUGACCGUGUUAGAAGGUACGGUCAUCUUUGAACCAGAAGUAACAAAUUUUCUUAUCGGCCAAUCGUACCAAUUAAGUAAUAAAGAUUAUGUCCAUGUAAAGGCGGGAAGCUUUCACAAAGUUAUCAACAUUGGAAAAUCCCCAGCAUUUUAUAUGUAUACUUUCAUGAAUAGCACAGAAAUAAAGAAAACACAAGAAGCAAAACCUAAACUUCCGAUAUUCAAAGAACUACGCAGACGGUUCAACGGAAUGGUCACUUUUUGCAAUUUAUUAUUUGAUAAUUUUAUGCAACUCUUAUACAAGUCACCCAAUAAAUGUACAUAA